AUGAACCAACGGAGCAGAAUGCCCCGCUGGGGACUCCUGCUGGUGCUCUGGGGCUCCUACGCCUUCGGGCUUCCUGCGGACACUGGCGCCUUCAGACGGAUCUUCCUCAGGAAAAUGCCCUCGGUCCGAGAAAGCCUGAGGGAGCGAGGCGUGGACAUGAGCAGGAUCGGCGCCGAGUGGAGCCAGUUCACCAAAAGACUCUCGCGAGACAACAGCACCUCCCCCGUGGUCCUCACCAACUACCUGGACACCCAGUACUAUGGCGAGAUCGGCAUUGGCACCCCACCCCAGACCUUCAAAGUCAUCUUUGACACAGGCUCGGCCAACCUCUGGGUGCCCUCCACCAAGUGCAGCCCUCUCUACGCAGCCUGUGAGAUUCACAGCCUCUACGACUCCUCGGAAUCCUCCAGCUACAUGGAGAAUGGAACGGAAUUCACCAUCCGCUACGGAUCCGGGAAAGUCAAAGGUUUCCUGAGCCAGGACAUGGUGACUGUGGGCGGAAUCACAGUGACGCAGACGUUUGCAGAGGUUACGGAGCUGCCCUUGAUACCCUUCAUGCUGGCCAAGUUUGAUGGGGUUCUGGGCAUGGGCUUCCCUGCACAGGCCGUCGGUGGGGUCACCCCCGUCUUUGACCACAUCCUCUCCCAGAGGGUGCUAAAGGAAGACGUCUUCUCUGUCUACUACAGCAGAAAUUCCAAGAAUUCCCACUUGCUAGGGGGAGAGAUUGUGCUGGGAGGCAGCGACCCCCAGUAUUACCAAGGGAACUUCCACUACGUGAGCGUCAGCAAGACUGACUCCUGGCAGAUCAAAAUGAAAGGGGUAUCUGUGAGGUCGGCCACCUUACUCUGUGAGGAGGGCUGCAUGGUAGUGGUGGAUACUGGCGCAUCCUACAUCUCGGGUCCCACCAGCUCCCUGAGGCUGCUCAUGGAGACCCUGGGGGCCAAGGAGCUGAGCUCAGAUGAAUAUGUCGUGAACUGUAACCAAGUGCCCACACUCCCUGACAUCUCCUUCCACCUCGGAGGCAGAGCCUACACGCUUACCAGCGCAGACUACGUAUUACAGGAUCCCUACAGUAAUGAUGAUCUGUGCACACUGGCCCUCCACGGUCUAGAUGUCCCACCACCCACCGGGCCUGUCUGGGUCCUGGGCGCCAGCUUCAUUCGCAAGUUCUACACGGAGUUUGAUCGGCAUAACAAUCGCAUUGGCUUUGCCUUGGCCCGCUGAGGCCCUCUGCUGCCCAGGCGGGCCUUGCCCUCAGCCCUAGCCCAGAGCCAGAGCACUCUCUGGGAACCCCCUGCCUAGCUUGCGCCCUCGUGCAGGAGCCCAGGGCGUGGGGCUCCUCCCCACCACUUCCCCUGUUCACAUCACCAGCUCUUCCUGGCUUUGAAGACAAACAGAAUAAAAACUUCAUGUUCACAACCCUGUGGCACCUGGGUUCACUUGGGUU